AUGGCGUCAGCCGCUCCUUCUCCAGAGCAUGUGCAGCUCGUCUGCAACCUCCUUGCUCAGACGCUCAACCCGGCCGAACGCAAGAACGCAGAGGAUCAGCUCACACAGGCGCAAUCACAGCAAGGCUUCCUCCAGAUCCUCAUCGCCGUCAUCCAGAACGCAACAGUGCCCAGCAACGAUGCCGUUCGUCUUUCGGCUGCCAUCAAGCUCAAAAACAUCUGCAAGACCGCUUGGGACCAGGAAUCAGCAGAAGAAUCGGCCGUAGCCACUCCCGUCCACGAAAACGACAAGCAAGCCCUCAAGCAAUCAAUCGUCCCCUUGCUUGUCUCCAUCUCUACAAACACCGACGGCAGACCUCCUGCUCCCACGAAUGUGCGAUCUCAAUUGGAAGAGGCCAUCGCUCUGGUCGCCGAAAAGGAUUUCCCGCACGACUGGCCCGACCUUAUGGAUCACCUCGUACCCAAGCUCACCAGUCCAGAUGAUCAGCUCGUUCUCGGCAUUCUGCGUACCGCCCACACCAUCUUUUACAGGUAUAGACCCGCUUUCCGCAGCGAUGACCUUUACAGCGAGAUCAACUACGUCCUCGGCAAGUUCGCCCUCCCGCACCUCGACUUGCUCAAACGCACAGAUCAGAGGCUGCUCGAUCCUGCCACUCCCUCCUCUGCUCUUCCCGUCCUGGGUCAAGUCAUGAAUAUGACCCUUCAGGUGUUCUACGACCUUUCCAGUCAAGACUUGCCACCACAGAUCGAGGACAACAUGGCUCCCAUCAUGGAGAUCUUGGCACGAUGGAUCUCGCAAUCCCGUCCCGAACUCGACGCCGACCCGGAUGAGCCUUGUGCGCUGCAAGAAAUCCGCAGCAGCAUUUGCGAGAUUGCCGAGCUGUACGCGAAGAGGUACCUCGACGUCUUCAGCCAGCUUCCCGCAUUCGUGCAGGGCAUCUGGGAGAUGCUGGGUUCGUGCACGCUUUCGCAAAAGUACGACACGCUCGUCUCCAAAGCCGUUGGAUUCCUGUCCACCGUAGUGCGCAUCGGCAGUCAGCGCAGCAUGUUCGAAUCGCCAGAGACGCUCGAGCAGCUCUGCAGCGCCAUCAUCCUGCCCAACAUUGCCAUCCGCGAGGCGGACGAGGAGCUGUUUGAAGACAACCCCAUCGAAUACAUCAGGAGGGAUCUGGAAACCAGCAUGGAGACCGAUACCAGGAGGAAGGCCGCUUCCGAAUUCUGCAGGUCGCUGAUGGAGUUCUUCGCGCAGCAAGUCACCACCAUUGUCGGCAGAUACAUCGGUCAGUACCUCGAGCAGUACCGAGCCGAUCCGCAUGCCAACUGGAAGCAGAAGGAUACCGCCAUCUAUCUGCUCACCUCCAUCGCAUCCAAAUCGUCCACCGCGCAGCACGGUGUCACUUCGACCAACGAGCUGGUCAACGUCGUCGAGUUUUUCAGCGAAAACGUCCUCACCGACCUCCAGUCGAGCGCAGACGACUCUCCUAGCCCCAUCCUGCAGGUCGAUGCCAUCAAGUACCUCUACACAUUCCGCAACCAGCUCACCAAAGACCAGCUCCUCUCCGUGCUCCCGCUUCUGGUGCAGCACCUCGAGAGCUCCCAGUACGUCACCUGCUCGUACGCGUCCAUCACCAUCGAACGCAUCCUCUCCCUCAAACGCGAUUCCACCCUCCUCUUCACACCCACCGACGUCCAGCCUUUUGCCGAGAACAUCCUCCUCGCGCUCCUGCGCAACAUCGAACGUGGAACCACACCAGAGAAGCUCGCCGAGAACGACUACCUCAUGAAGUGCCUCAUGCGCAUGCUCGCCACCGUGCGCCAGUCCAUCGCGCCCGCGUCGCAGCUCAUCCUCCAGCACCUCGCCAAGAUCCUUGGCGAGAUCAGCAAGAACCCGUCCAACCCGCGCUUCUCGCAGUUCCUGUUCGAGUCGAUCGCCGCGCUCGUGCGCUACACCGUAUCUGCCGAUGCGUCGAGUCUGGAGAUGUUCGAGCAGGCGCUCUUCCCGGUGUUCACGAUGAUUCUGGCGCAGGACGUGGUGGAGUUCCAGCCGUAUGUGUUCCAGGUGUUGGCGCAGAUGCUGGAGCUGCACGGUGGGGAGGGGCUGCCCGAGGCGUACUCGAGUUUGUUGGUUCCGAUCCUGAUGCCGGCGUGCUGGGAGAACAGGGGGAAUGUUCCGGCGCUGGUGAGGCUGGUGAGGGCGUUCUUGUCGAAGGAUGCGAGCAAGAUCGUCGCGCAGGGUCAGCUGGGUAGCAUGCUGGGGAUAUACCAGAAACUCAUCUCGAGCCGAGUCAACGAGCUGUUUGGUUUGGAGCUGCUCGAGACGAUCUUCGAAAGCGUAGAUGCAGCGAGCUUGGAAGGGUACAAACGCGCGGUGCUGACGCUCUUGCUGACGAGGCUGCAGGAGAGCAGGACGGACAAGCUCGUCAAAGGUAUCAUCCACCUCGUCGCGAGCAUCUCCAUCACCAAAGGCGGGGAUUACGCCGUAGGCGUAUUCGAAGCCGUACAACCGGGUCUGUUCUCCCAGAUCGCCCAGGCGAUCAUCGCGCCCGAACUCGCCAACGUCGCUGAACGACAGAAGAAGGUCGUCGUCGUCGGAUUCACCCUGCUUUUGCUCAAAGGUGGGAGGGCGAGCAACGAUGUUUUGCCGGCACUGUUGGGUGGAGUGGUGAAGCUACUGUCGAGCGCGAGUUUGCUCAAGGAAGAUGGGCAGCAGGAGGAGCUGGUUUUCGCCGACGACGAGGGGGGGAAUCUCGGGUACCAGACCGGGUUCAGCAGGUUGGUGGCGAGCGAGACGGGGAGGAAGGAUUUGACGAGCGGCGUGGUGCAGGGGAAACAGCUCAAGGAGUGGUUCGCGAUCCAGCUCAAGGGUUUCAGGGCCGAGGUGGGCGAGGAUGCGUGGAGAGGGGUGUGGGGGGCACUGGAUGCCCAGGUGAGGGAGGGUUGGGAGCGACAGAUGGGUACGGUGUGA